UACCUUCACUCAAAACCAUGGAGAUUGGUAUUCAACUGCAAGCAAUUUCCAUCUUUGUUACCCUAAUCUUGCUCUACAUCCAAUGGAGAGUGAAGGCUAAGAGUCACAAAAGCAAGGGAAGAGUGGUCCCUGAACCAUCUGGUGCCUUGCCAAUUGUUGGUCACCUGCAUUUGCUGGGAGGUCAAGAGCCGGUUGCACGAAUCCUUGGUGCCAUGGCCGACAAAUACGGACCGGCCUUCAUGCUUCGGCUUGGUGUGAAUCAUACCUUUGUGGUGAGUAGUUGGGAGAUGAUGAGGGACUGCUUCACCAGCAAUGAUAGGGUUUUCGCCACACGCCCGCAAAGUGCAGCUGGGAAGUACCUGGGAUACAAUUAUGCCAAUCUAGGGUUUACCCCUUAUGGACCAUACUGGCGUGAGAUUAGAAAGAUAGCCACAAUUGAGCUCCUCUCCAAAACCAGGCUAGAGAUGCUCAAGCAUGUAAGAAUUAAUGAAAUAGAUGUAUGCAUCAAAGAGUUGUACUCUCUUUGGGCGAAGGGUAGUAUUAGUACUAGUAAUAGUACUACCCAUCUUGUAAAGAUGGAGAUGAAGCAAUGGUUUGAGCAUCUAAGCUUUAAUGUCAUCACCAAAAUAAUUGCAGGCAAACGGUACUUUGGGAACAUCGAUCCUAGAUAUGAGCAUGAGGCCCUGAGAUUCAGGAAAGCGAUUGAUGAGAUAGCACAUUUAAGUGGGAUGUUUGUCAUCUCGGAUGCACUCCCAUAUCUCAAAUGGCUGGAUUUGGGGGGAUAUUUGAGAUCCAUGAAGUGUGUUGCAAAGGAAGUAGACUCUCUAAUUGGAAAUUGGCUAAAGGAACAUCGUUUCAAGGCUCUAUCUGAUAAGAUGGAAGGUGAAGUAGACUUCAUCGAUGUGAUGCUAUCGAUCAUUCGUGUUCAUGAUCAUGAUUUGAAGUCUAGUUACGAUGGAGAUACCAUAAUCAAGGCAACUGUAUUGGCUCUAAUAGCAGCUGGCUCAGAAACUACAUCCCUAAGCUUGAUGUGGGCCCUCUCCUUACUAUUAAACAACCUCCAUGUAUUAAAAAAAGCCCAAGAUGAGCUGGACAACCAUGUUGGAAGAGACAGACACGUGGAUGAAACAGAUAUAAAAAGUCUGGUAUACUUGCAUGCAAUUGUUAAGGAAACAUUGCGUCUAUACCCCGCAGCACCCAUAGCAAUACCACAUCAAGCCAUGCAAGACUGCCAAGUUGGUGGAUAUCAUGUUCCUAAAGGCACACAAUUAAUGGUGAACAUUUGGAAAUUGCACAGAGAUCCUCGUGUUUGGGUAGAUCCUUAUGAAUUCAAACCUGAGAGAUUCCUCACUACGCAUGAUAAUGUAGAUGUGAGGGGUCAACAAUUUGAGUUCAUUCCUUUUGGCUCUGGGGUGAGAUCUUGCCCAGGUAUCACGUUUGCCAUGCAAGUCUUACACUUAACACUAGCUCGUUUGCUACAUGGGUUCAAUUUAGAAACUCCUUCUUGUGAACCAAUAGACAUGAGUGAAGGGUUAGGCCUUACCCUUCCCAAGAAAACUCCUCUGGAAGCCCUACUCUCUCCACGCCUUCCGUCUAAGAUGUAUGAAAUGCAAUCGGAGGAGUAAGUCGAAAUAAAGAAGUUGCUUGUAGUUCUUAUUAUGAUGAUGGGCCGGGU